AUGCGGAUAGCAUUAGUGAUAUCUCUGACUGCAUUAACACUUACAAACUCACAAUUAAUUUAUGAAUAUACUCACCCAUCUUUUGAACCAGUUAAUCGAGUAAAACGAGACUUUAAACAAAGUGAAUGGGACGAGCAUUUACCCAAAGAUGUGGAGGAAGAGAAGCCAGAUUCAUCGGUAAGUCGAUAAUAUUUGUUAUCUUACUGUUUUAGACGAAUCACACAUAUUAUAAGAUGGAUAUCUUUUCCAAUCGGACUGAUUUGAUGUCACAGUACUACCUGGACGUUAAGGAAUGGUUGAAGAGUUCUAGCCCUGGUGUAAAUGGUACGGAAAAUCAUGAACAUCUUGACGGAUCGUACAGGAAAGCAGCUGGAGCUAACAUUGGUUUCAAAUUUCCGUUUUAUGGCCAUGAAAUCGAGAAUCUUACUGUAGCUACUGGUGGGUUCUGCUAUGUUGGAGAUCAGACACACAGUUGGCUAGCAGCUACGCAGUAUAUUGCUCCGCUAAUGGCUAACUUUGACACUAUGUCUAAUAGCUCAGUCAUCAUGCACGCCUCAAAUUCAAGCAGAAUGGUUAUCACUUGGGAGAAUGUCGCUUUGAGAGAUAAUGCUAAGGCUGGCAAUUGGACGUUCCAAGUCUCUUUGUUUAGCAACGGUGAUAUCUGGUUCGUGUAUAAAGAUGUAAGGGAUUUAAAAAAACCAGUUCAAUUCAACAACUCUUAAUCACACUUGAUUUUUAGUAUAAUCUUAAUCACACUUGAUUUUUAGUAUAAUUGUAUUUUUUGUAGAUUCCAAUCCCUGUUUCUCAAAUCAGUGACAAUAACCAUCCUUGCAAACUUGGCAUCAGUGAUGCUUAUUUGUUUGUUCAUCAGUACAGUGAAGGAGGUGAGAUACAGGUUCUUUAAUUUUUUGCCAUUUAUUAUUUUUCUUUAUUAAUAAUCAUUUUUAGCUCCAAUCCAAACCAAGAAAGUCAUCCAUGAAUACCACAGAAUCGUGGUUCCCAUUGAGAAGAUUGUGAACAACACAGUCGUGGUCUUAAAGGCAUUACCCAGUAAGUAUAUCACUUUCUUUUUCUAAUCAUUUAACACUUUUAGCUUGUCUUCAAUUCAAAAACUGUGGAGAUUGUUCGACAAUAAAGAUUGACAACUUUAACUGUUCAUGGUGUGCUCCAAAACAGUCUGAUGUUGAACCAUUCUGCUCUGACUUUGCUGGGUAAGAGGUUGUUUUAAUUUUUGACAUUUGUACAUUAAAUUAAGUACUAAUAACAGUUUUUUAGCUUACACAGACGCAGACAACAUUGGGUAGAAGGUGACUGCGCCAGAAUGCCGGGACCUGACCAAUGUAAAGCAACGACAACGACUUCUCUAUCUACUACAACUCCAGAAACCGUUACGGCUCCAGAAGCUGAUCUGGAACAGUACAAAUUGAAACAAUUAGGUAUGAAAAAGCUGUUUAUGCAAAUUCUCUAUUUAGAUCAUCAAGUCAGACGCUCUGGUGGGUUCGGCCGUAUCCUAUUGGCAGUAUUUAUACUCUUUCUGAUCUCAUCUUGUGUGUGGAUCGUCUACGCUUUCUACAACCCGCACACACCAUCCGGGCAACUACUAAUUAAGGUAAGCUUAUCUUUCAAACUAUUAGACCCAUCUACUGUUACAUUUACUCACCAACAAAACAUGUUUUCAUAAAAAUCAUUUUAGUAUCGACCAUCAAAAUGGCAAAUCCCUAGCAGUCACGUACGUUACAGCGCUUCAGUCCACAUGUGA